ACCACUUCGCUCCGCUUCGGCAAACCCAUGCCUGACCUCACACUUAUGUGCAAUCUGCGCAUGUGUUCUAUUAAAGAGGAAGUUCUGAAAGGGAAGAAGGACGCGUCAAAGGAAAAAUCUAUGGAUGUAUCCUUUGUUCAAAUCGAGCUUUACAACAACUCCCUUGCAGGUCACCUAACUGUUAAACCCUCCAACCUCACAGCUCUUCAUCAAAUUUACGCCCCCAUGAACCAUUUCUCCUUUUCGAUUCCAAAUGAUAUUCUCACCAUCCCAAAUCAUGAAAACCUCCGCCCUUAUCAAAACCAGCUGACCGACUCCAUUACCAGAACUGCCGCCUCAGAGUCAAAACUACUUGAGCUACAUUCGUUGGUGAGCUAUAUAUUAGGCAGUUUUCCAGCUAGACUCGGGGCGCACUUCCAUCUCAUGUCUGUCAAAUUAUUCAAAAAGCAUCUCUUUGUUGAUAUUCCGAGAGGAAUAGAUGUUUGUUGUUUACUGCAGGAGUUGCUUCUUGUAGAAAAAGACUUCACUAUAACUCUGCCAUCGGGCCUUAGCAUAGCUGAAAUAACUACAAAUGAUAUGGAAGCGUGUGGCAAAGCCACUGGAAGUGGUAAUGUUUUUACUAUAGGUGUGAAAAUACCCGGUCUGAAAUUGAUUGCUAAAGAUGAUCCAUCACUAUGCUCCCAAGCUGUUCGAUGUUAUGUCACUAAAGGGUUUUAUACCAAAUUUGUGAUCAACAGGGAUAAAGUCAACAUAACGCAUGGAGACAGAGUGAAGAGCUUGUUGAAAUUUAAUGAACCAAGAGUUGUUGCAGCUCUUGAAUAUGAUAAUGGCAUUUUUGCUCCUGGAAGGUGCACAAGCUGCACUGUUGGCGGGAACUCUACUACAGAACCUUACAUUAUUGCCCACAAUCUGAUCUUACUUCAUACUACUGCAGAGAAAGUAUAGCAUGAUAACUAUCAGGUUAGUCAGAAAGGCAGGAUAUAUAUUAUGCUGGAUUUUGUUUGGUAUGAACCUCUUACAACUUCAACAGUUGAUGAAGCAGAAACUCAAAGGGUGAGGGACCUCCACAUCAGAUGUUUUCUCCACCCUAUAAUGUAUGGUGAGUAUCCAAAAUCAGUGCCAGAAAUUGUCAAGAAAAGGCUUCCAACUUUCACUA